GGAUUCAUCUGCUAGUUCAAUACGUGGUGGCAGUUCCUACACCAGGAGAAAAUGGGAAGAAGAUGUCAAGAAAAACAGUUUGAAUGAAGGUCCUACACCAUUAAACACAAGUUAUCAAAGAAGUGGCUCCUUUGGUAGAAGACAAGAUGAUUUGAUAAGUUCUAAUGUUCCAAGUACUGCAUCAACGGUUACCUCUUCUGCUGGUCUUCAGAAAACGCUGCCUGCCAGCACAAACACUACUACGAAGAGUACAACGGGUUCUACUUCAGCAGGUGUACAAAGCAGUACCUCAAAUCGUUUGUGGGCUGAGGAUAGUACUGAGAAAGAAAAGGACAGUGUUCCUACAGCAGUGACCGUUCCUGUUGCACCAUCUGUUGUAAAUGCUGCAGCCACUACCACAGCCAUGACUACAGCUACUUCUGGCACUGUGUCCUCAACAUCAGAGGUCAGGGAGAGACGGAG